ACACCUAAAGCAGGCAUCACUAAGUUGUAGCUGCAACUUGUGUUCAUGACUUCACACAUUGUUGAUUAAGUGGAGGCAAAAUUUGUUAGUGUAUUGGAACUAGAGUGAUUAAAUCAAGUGCCAAACAGCUUAGAACUUUGGAUUAUUCAGUCAAAUAUGCCUACACGAAUUCAGGUCAAGGUUGUUACAGAACAGAUACAAUAUUUGGAAGAACAGAUACAAGUUCUGGAACAUGUGAUUGAACGUAUGAAAAAUGUUGUUACAAAAAGUAAGGCGUGGCUAGAAGAAAAAACUGACCAAUCAUCUGUCAGCUACAUCGAGCUAUCACAAGAACUGGACACAGCAGCCACGGCCUUGUUGGAUGUGACGUCACAUAUUUUAAACGAGGGCAACAUGGACGUCAACAAAUCAACGCCAUCUAUACCACAGCCUGACACACAGACAACAGCAACAUAUCUAACAGUGGAAUCACCAAGACAACUCAAGACACAAGUUCAACACGCAGCUGUUGAAGAACAUCCUGAACUAGAGCGUAGACUCGCCUAUAUUGAAACAACACUAUCUUCACUACAGGAUACACAACACAAGUCUACAGAUGACAUAUCAGAAAUAAAACAAUGGAGAGACAACAUUGUAACAGAACAUAGUGACAUGGGGGUAAACAUUGAACAACUGACUAAAAAACAAAAACAGAAUUUUAGAAACCUCAGAAAACAAAUGAGUGAACAAGAUAACAAAGUAAAGGAGAUGAACAAAGAAAUUGAAAGUUUAAAAGAAAAAGAAUCCAAGUCAAACAAAACACUAGAGAGACUGACUCUAGAUAUGAAAGAAUAUAAAAACAAUGUACACAAAAUAAAUAAAGAUAUGCAAGAUUACACUGACAAAAUAGAAAGUAUAACAAAAGAAAUGAAAAGACAUUCGGAUUUGAUGGCUGCCCUACAAGAGGAGUGUGAUAAAAUCUUGUGUAAAACAUCAUCUCAAAUAGAAAAGCAAAAUGUAUUGUACAAGCUCCUACAACAAAGAUUGAUGCCCAUUGACAAACUGAUUCAAAUCUUUAACCAGAACUUGGAAACUAGGGAAGAAAGAAUAACGAAGCUUGAAACUAUUGAAGAUACUAUUGCACUGUUGACCAAAGAUAUAAAUCUAUUAGAGUCACGUGUAUGUAAUAGAUAUGUUUGCCAUCUGACGGUUUAUGAUCACACAUACGUCUGUGAUGGAUUAAUGCUUUCAACUUUUAGGGAAGUACGUGAAUAUAACGGUCAACAUUUUAAUGAAACAACAGGAAAAUUUGUAUCACCACAUGAUGGUUUAUAUCUCGUUUGUGGCAGUCUACACGAAUGGGAAGAUAAACGGAUUAGAGUUGGUGUGAUAGCUGGAGACAGGUUGUGUAAGUUUAUAGAAGUGAAAUGUGCCGACACUAGUGCUGCUGGGUCAGUGGUUGUUGACAUGAAGAAAGGUCAAGAACUUUACUUUGAAGUAGAUCGCGCAGAUAAAAACGCAAUGUUAUCCAGCUACAGUAGUUUUACUAUCGUUAGUUUAUAGAAGUACAACACCAAAGAUGGUAAAUGGUAAAUUCUCUAAGCAAUAAAAUAUGUAACCACCAUGUUUAACACACGCUUACAACUUACUAUGGGGUUAGACUACAUGUCUACAUAAACUUAAAUGGUUUUAUAUGUUAUUUGUUUAGUCACCAUUACACAAUUCCAACUUAUGAAAUGUGAUUAUAA